GCGGCGGGCAGCCCGCGGGGACAGCGCGGAGCGGGGACGUCGCCCGCCUGCGCCCGGCCGAGCGCCAUGCCGCGCCGGCUGGCCUGGCUGUGCUGCUGCUGGGCGCUGCUGAGCGGCGCCUGCCGCCCCGCCGAGCCCGCGCUGCCCGCCGAGGCCGGGGAGCUGCCGCCGCCCGCCGCCGCCUCGGGCUUCCUCUACCGGCGGCUGAAGUCGCACGAGAAGCGGGAGAUGCAGCGGGAGAUCCUCUCGGUGCUGGGGCUGCCCCACCGCCCCCGGCCGCUGCCGCGGGAGCCGCCGGCCCCGCCGCCGGGACGGCUGAGGGCGGCACCGCGCUUCAUGCUGGACCUCUACCACUCCCUGGCCGAGGGCGCGGAGGGCAGCGCGGGCGCGGAGCGCGGGGGCCGCCCGCAGACCCCUGCCCCGCCGCUGCCCAGCCCGCAGGACAGCGCCUUCCUCAACGACGCCGACAUGGUCAUGAGCUUCGUCAACCUGGUUGAGUAUGACAAGGAGUUCACGCCUCACCAGCGGCACCACAAGGAAUUCAAAUUUAAUUUGUCUCAGAUUCCUGAGGGCGAGGCUGUCACAGCUGCUGAGUUUCGGAUCUACAAGGACUGCGUUGUGGGAAGCUUUAAAAACCAAACCUUCCUUAUCAGCAUCUACCAGGUGCUGCAGGAACAUCAGAACAGAGCCUCUGACCUGUUUCUGCUGGACACACGGGUGGUGUGGGCAUCGGAGGAGGGCUGGCUGGAGUUUGACGUCACUGCCACCAGCAACAUGUGGGUGAUGAACCCCCAGCACAAUAUGGGACUGCAGCUGAGCGUGGUGACCCGGGAUGGUUUCAGUGUAAACCCUAGAGAAGCAGGGCUGGUAGGGCGGGAUGGCCCUUACGACAAGCAGCCUUUCAUGGUGGCCUUCUUCAAAGUGAGUGAGGUUCACCUACGCACCACUCGGUCAGUGACCAGCAGGCGCAGGCAGCAGAGCCGGAACCGCUCCACCCAGACUCAGGACGUUUCCAGGGUGUCCAGUGUCACAGAUUACAACAGCAGUGACUUAAAAACAGCGUGCAGAAAGCAUGAGCUUUACGUUAGCUUCCAAGACUUGGGAUGGCAGGACUGGAUAAUCGCUCCAAAAGGCUAUGCAGCCAACUACUGUGAUGGGGAGUGCUCGUUCCCACUCAACGCCCAUAUGAAUGCAACCAAUCAUGCCAUUGUACAAACUCUGGUUCAUCUUAUGAAUCCUGAUUACGUUCCCAAACCAUGCUGUGCACCUACCAAACUAAAUGCCAUAUCUGUUCUUUACUUCGAUGAUAAUUCUAAUGUAAUCUUGAAGAAAUACAGGAAUAUGGUAGUAAGAGCUUGUGGAUGUCACUGACAAACAGUCUUCACACGGACUCUGCGAUGCUGCCAUGAACUUGGAUACAACCCACCCUGUUUUCACAACCUUGAGAAAAAAAACACGUGAUGAACGACCCUUCAGAACACCAUGUAUGUGCCUUGUGGGAGGAGGGGGUGUGGGGACCACCCCCCCAGGGUGGGAGCAGACUGCUGGACUUCAUACAGACUGACCCUACACCACGGUGGCUGCCCAGCUCAGCUCAGCAGCAGCAAAAUGCCCACACACUUUAUUUGGCUGGGAUGGUCCUAAUCUCACAGAGAAGCUUGACCUGUGCUUGGAUAUGUGCUGCAGUUUUACCAGAUGAACACUCGACACCCAAAACAAGUGAGGUCUCUCUUUGGGAGCAGGGAGGGAAGAUGAGGAGAAGAGGCAGAGAAGCUAAAGAAAGUGGUGUUAGCACUUCAGACAGAGUGUACAUCUCAUGCAAGAUCCUUGUGGCCAGAAGGACUGGUUACUGCAUCUAGACUGUUAGUCUUCUCCUGACAUCUGUCAUGACAGUAAGCAUCUAAAAUCGUGCCAAAGCAGAUGUUUCAGUUCUCUUAUGCUCCCAGCACUGUUUAACUCUGAUCUUGCAAGUGUAAGAUGGCACGGCUGCACCCUGUGUUAGAAAAAUUACCAUGAACUCAGACCCUGUCUGGUCCCAGCUCACCAUCUAACUGAGCAAUACAAAUUUAUACAUUUGCUCUUAUGCAACUUCCUUCCGCUCCCCUCGUGGAGCUGCCUCAUCUACUACCACUUGCCCAGGAAGGAAGUCAGGACACUUCUUCAGUUGUAAUUGAGAAGUAAAAGCUUAGGGACCGUUCUCUAGCUGGAAAGUUUGUUUUGUUUUCAACUCGUGCAACUAACAAACUGGUAUAAAGGAUAUGCAGCAUAGAGCCAUGGUUUGUCUAGCAGAAGCUAAUAGCAAAUUGUUUUGAUCAAUAUUAAACUUGUAUUAAAUGCACUUACCUCUACUUGCAUUUAAAAGGCUUCUUGUAAAUACAAGCUAUAAUUUAUUGCACUUGUCACUGUAUAUUCAUUGUGCUGUAUCAUUUAUAGAAAGACUGCUUUUUUAAAAAGUUUUUAUUUAGAAAAAAUCUCAGUGUAAACAAUUGUACCACUUUGAUUUUAUACAAGAAACUCAUGAGAUUGUGCUUCACUAGAAAGUUGUUAAAACAUAAUAAAGGCUUCCUGAAAGGCA